GCUAAAAAGCUCUGGAAAGUGGAAUUGGGAAAAUGCUUGCGUACACUUUUUUUUGGAUGCACGAAGGGUUUCAAUUCACAAAAUGUUAGCCAGCAACAUGUAAAACUUCGUCCAGAAAUUUUCCUUGACGAUUUGAUGGCAUUCAAUGAUGGAACGAUCGCCACCUUCACAACCGAGCGAAUAAUUAGUAGCAUUAUUGACAAGUACGACAGGCCGACGGAUUUUCAUAGGCCUGAAUCCUUUACCGAUUACGACGAUGUACAUCACUUUGAUGUUGAGCCUGUUCUACAUACCUACCCAUCGAAAAAAUUUCUCGUUCCUACUUCAACGACAAUCACUAAGACCACUACGAUGACGACUCCAACUCCCAUUACUACUGCCAGGUCUGUAACUAUUGCUAGUACCACUACUUCUACCGUAAAACCAAUUAUACGAUCCAGUACAACAAAAAGUAAACCAACUAGUCCUAAACCUGAUGCUAACCAAAGCAGUCACGCAGGACAGCUUUUUGAUUACUUACCGAUCGAUUUACUCAAAAAAGUCCACAAGACUCUAAAAUAUCAACCGGCAACUAUUAAAGGAAAAAUCAAAUUUCUUAAAGCCUUUGAGCAAACGUUAAUUGGAGAGAUAAAGACUCGAUUAAAUGCGGCUCUUAGCGUUGGGCCGUCCCGGAAACCCAGGGAUGCCAGAGGCGAUUGGGGACAUGACGAGAGUAUAGGAUUCCCUUCUCUUGAGGGUACAUUAAUGGCCAUUUCAUUUUUAACUUUUGCUGUUUAUUUAGUUAGAUUAGUCAUGUUGCUUUUCCGUAACGUUGGUGGUACAGGGACAGCGCCCAUCUUCAUUGGCCGAAAAAAACGCUCUAGUGAUCUCCAUAUCGAAGAUACCGAAAGAAUUCUUGGCUACUUGAGUCAUCCUUUUGAUCCUGAUUAUUCAUGAUAUUUUGAAAAAUUCUGACGCCUAUGUAUAAAUUAAUAUAAGUUGAAUUUUUUAGUAUAAUGGUUUGAAGGGAUUUUAUUGAGCUGAUAAUAAACAAUGAUGUUAAUAUAAAUCUCUGUAAAAUUUGUUUACUGCGUACAACGUUUCGUCAAUGUAUCAUUGUCCU